CGCAUCAUCCACCCGACCAAGUUCCGCGGUUCUCGUCACGAAGCCUCAACUGGAAGAAAAUAAGCCCUGGUGAGGAGGAGACGUCCAGUCAAACCGUGGAGAAAAGUCAAAGAUAAUUAAAUAUUACAGAUAAGAAGUGAAAGCGGCAAGAGUAGGCAGCAGUGUUCAAGUCUACCGCUUCCAUCCCUCUCUCGGUGUAAAGACAUUAAUCCAGUUUUGACUCUACGCGUAUCGGAGUGGGAGCCAGGUCCCCUCCCAGUGUGUUGACGGAUCCCGCUGAGCUCCAAGGGACGGAGACACCGACAGGAGGCUGAUUGCUGACCCGGACAGGAGCUCCAGGGGAAGGAGACACCAACAGAAGGCUGAUCGCUGACCCGGACAGUGUCCCGUUGCCAAGGAUGUCUUCGAAGACGCCCAGUGCCAACAGCAUAGCCCAUGCACGCAGAACAGUGCAGCAGCUCAGGAUCGAGGCCAGCAUCGAGAGAAUCAAGGUGUCCAAGGCCUCGGCGGACCUGAUGAACUACUGCGGCGAACACGUCAAGUACGACCCUCUGGUGAUGGGCAUCCCCGCUUCGGAAAACCCCUUCAAGGACAAAAAGCCCUGCACUAUAUUGUAGUGGAGGGCCGCCCUAGCCUUCAUGUUUAUGAUUAUUAUUUUCUGCUAAUUAAUGUUGCUGUAUUCUUUUUUUGGGGGGGGGGAGGAGUGUGAUUUUCUAGUCUCUCACUAAUUAACUCCAAAUGCAUUGCAUUUUCAGUUUUUCCAGUUCAACCACUUUGUUCUCAGAAUACGACACAAAACAAAGCCAUAAUCAGCCUGGAGGUGGGGAAAGGCUGACCUGCCAUGCAGUGUUAUAAUGACACACAUUAUUAAUGAUUAACAAUUAUUGAUUUACGAUUGAUUAUUAUCUUAAUAGCACUUUUGCUUUUAAGAUGCUGCAUAUUGACCCCUGAAUACUAAAAAAAAUAAAAAAAUGGUGCGAUAUCUUCUUUUCUCGCUCAAAUAAUUCAAUUCAGCCUUUCUUUAAUAAUACUGCAGGCUGCUCUGGCACAGUCGACUUGCAUCAUGGAUUGAGUUCUUCAUUCAGACACAAGUUAAAAUACACCCCUAGGGCUGUUUGACUGUUGAAAAAUGUCUAGCUCAUCAGCUUACAGACUGAAAAGGUCUGGUCGUAUUUCCUCUAGAUCCCUGCUUUUUUUAUUUUGGCUAGUGCUGUCCAGCUGAAAUGUAUUUAAAAACAACGCAGUCAUACACUUGAAAGCUGUAGGAUUUGACACAGUCACUAAGCAAAGGUUUAAAAUGAAAUUUUCCACAAAUGGUAGGUAGUGUUGACCUGUGCAGGCGAUGACCACUCAGCUCCAGUGGUCAGGCAGUCAUUACUUCCUGCCUGAGCCUGGUGGUAUUUUUAAAGAUCACACAUUCCUCGAGCUUAUGAUGACAGAAUUCCAUUCAAACUCCUUAAGCUGAUACUGAAAAAUAUUCUAUUUGAACUUUUCUUGCUCUUCAGUUUGUGUCGAUUCAGCUUGCCAAUUGAUAAAUGCUUUUGCAAAGACACCGUAGAUAACCCAGAGAUAUAGGAGGCCGAUAAUAGUGGUGGCUAAUUUAGAUAACGACACGUCAUUUCCCGCAUUAGGUACCCCUCCCUUCCGAAUCUUACGUCAACUAGAAUUGCCGGAACCUUCUGUCACUAUUUUUAGGUUAAUCAUCUUCUACUGUUCCUCCUUGAUAGAAGACCAAGUUAGGGAUCAAGCCAAAUAUGCGUGCGAAUGAAACCAUUUUACUUUAAUGUUGUUUAUUUAAUGACUAUGAUAUUGCAGAAGCCUUAAGGAAAGAAUCACCUGACCUGGUUAUUAAAAUGUCAUCUCUGUAGCCCAACCUCUGCUGACAAACACAAUGGUGAAAUUGGAGGACAAAAGUCCAAUCUGAAUUAGCACUGAGUGGGCAUGCAAUAUUUGCGUUUUUUAUAAUGCGCCGACAACCAAUGAAAUUACAGUGGGUAGAAUUAGCAUGGAUUCUACACAUUUAAGAAGAAUGAUGAUAAUACAACUUGUAGCCAAUCGAAUGGCUGCCUCAGAAUUUGAAAGGUUUUAUUGUUAAUAAUAAUAAUUUGGCAGGAGUUACCCCAGUUGAAUCGCUUUGCGUUAUGAUAUCCGGCUACGCAAUAACUUUUUUAAAGUAUUAUGUGACACUGUGAGCUGUUUUAACAUAUGCAUAACAAGAGUUUCUCAAUAUCUUCAAUGUGUACUGUAUGCUUUAAUGUUUUUAAAGUGCUUGGGGACUAGAUGCCAUCGAUUACGUGCAUUAACUGACACAAACUAUCAAUCUACCUUUCUAAAAUCCUCAUUUAUUUUGCAGUGUAUAGGGCAUGGUGGCUUUGUUAAUAAAUUCCUAUUUGAACUGUGAAAUAUCUUUUAGAUUAGUUGAGGGGUUCUGGUUAGCAUAAUAUCAAUUGAAUAGAACUGAUUAUUCUUACACUCAAAAGCCUUACUUAUGUUUGCCUUGUAUUAUAAAAAAUAAGCCUUGGGAGUAUUGAUGUUGGCGUUUCCAUCAAAUGUUUUCUGUCCAUGUGCUGAAUGUGAUUUCUAACUGUAUUGUGCCAAUGUUUUGUCUUUGUGUUGUCGCUAGUACCGGUGGUUUGAUAAUAUUGUACUUCCUGGUGCUGCAGUAUUCAUUGGUUUUGUAACCUCUUGCCUUCUCCAAAGGGUAUAUUUUAGGUCUUCAAAUUUGUAGAGUAAAGCAUUGUUAAUUUCCAUCAUAGUGUUUUUAUGAUUUAAAAAAAACUAAUGAUAUUUGCAAUGCAUUGUUAAGUCACCAUUGUAAACAACUUUUGAAGGAAAUAUACAUAAGCACUGCAGCUUUUUCGACCUGCUGGUCUACCUAUCCAUUGAACAAUUCAGAAAAAGUUGCCACUAUUCAACUAGAGAAAAGGAAUAAUUCCACCCUCAGUAUCUACAGUUUGGUGAUUAUUUUAUGAAUCGGGUGUCGGGCACAGCAUAAUGAUAUAUAUAUACUCAGCAUAAGAAUAUCAUGUUACUAUCUAAAUAAAAACAAAAACAAUGGUGUUCAACUGGUGGAGACCAAGAAUAA